AAAUGGAGCAGAAGAGCGUAUUGUUGUCAGCUUUAGGUGUUGGUGUUGGACUAGGGAUUGGGUUGGCAUCUGGUCAGACUUUGGGUAGAUGGGCAAACGGCUCGGGCCCAUUAAAAGACGGACUCACCGGAGAACAGAUUGAACAAGAGUUGUUGAAACAAAUUUUGGAUGGGAGAGAGAGUACUGUCACCUUCAAUGAGUUUCCGUACUUCUUAAGUUAAAAAACAAAAUGUUUAUUGAAAAGUGCAGCUUAUGUUCAUCUAAAAGUGUCUGAUAUCUCAAAGCACACUCGGAAUCUUGCACCCGCAAGUAAAGCCAUUCUACUUUCCGGUACUGCAGAGUUUUAUCAUCAAAUGCUUGCCAAAGCUUUGUCACAUUACUUUGAAUCAAAACUAUUGCUAUUGGAUCAUAUAACUGAUUUCUCUAUUAAGAUACAAAGUAAAUAUGGAUGCACCAUAAAGGAACCGCUUCACAAGAAGUCUAUUUCUGAGCUAACAUUGAAUAAAAUGUCGAGUUUGAUGGGUUCCUUUUCUAUGCUUUCUCAAAGCAAAGUUGAACCAAGAUGGACGUUGCGUCGACACACCAGUGGAAAUGAUAUUAAGAACUCAAAUCUAGACAUAACAAAUCUUCCUCCAAAACACAAGAGAAAUGCAUCUGCUGCUUCUGAUAGUGACAGUAGCAUAUCUUCCUACUCUUCGAGUUCUGUUUCAGCUUCCAGCAAAGGCAGCACAAAUCUAUGCUUCGACGAGAAACUUUUCAUGCAAUCACUUUACAAGGUGUUGGUCUCUGUAUCAGACAAAAAUCCACUAAUAAUAUACUUCAAGGACGUUGAGAAGCUUCUUGAGUCAGAAAGAUUCUACAAGUUGUUCCAGAAUCUGUUGAACAAGCUCGCUGGUCCUGUCUUGAUUCUUGGCUCAAGAGUAUUAGAAUCCAAAGAUGAUUGCCAAGAAGUAACCGAAGGAACAUCCGCUCUCUUUCCUUACAACAUCGGAAUCAGACCACCAGAGGAUGAAUCUCAGCUCAUGACCUUGAAAACUCGGUUAGAAGAAGACAUGAAGAUGAUUAAGAUUCAAGACAACAAGAACCACAUCGCCGAGGUUCUUGCAGCUAAUGAUAUCCAAUGCGAUGACUUGGCUUCGAUAUGUCUCGCGGAUACAAUGUGUUUGAGCAACCGCAUUGAGGAGGUUGUGAUUUCUGCAAUCACUUAUCAUUUGAUACACACCAAAGAACCGGAGUACAGAAACGGGAAGCUUGUUAUAUCUUCCAAAAGCUUGUCUCAUGGACUGAGUAUAUUCCAAGAAAACAAGAAUGACAAUGCAUUGCCUCUAAAAGCACCUGAAGCUGUUCCUGAUAAUGAGUUCGAGGAGCGUAUAAGAUCAGAGGUUAUACCAGCAAAUGAGAUUGGUGUCAAAUUUGCAGAUAUUGGUUCUUUAGACGAAACAAAAGAUUUGCUUCAAGAACUUGUAAUACUUCCACUUAGAAGACCUGAUCUCUUCAAAGGCAAUCUUCUCAAGCCAUGCAGAGGAAUCCUACUAUUCGGACCGCCUGGUACUGGCAAAACAAUGCUUGCAAAGGCGAUUGCAAAUGAAGCAGGAGCUAGUUUCAUCAAUGUAUCCAUGUCUACAAUCACUUCAAAAUAUUAUGGAGAAGACGAGAAGAACGUGAGAGCUUUGUUUACUUUAGCAGCUAAAGUAUCUCCAACGAUUAUAUUUGUGGACGAAGUUGAUAGUAGGUUGGGACAAAGGAAGAGUGUUGGAGAGACUGAAUCCACUAGGAAGAUCAAGAAUGAGUUUAUGUUGCAUUGGGAUGGUCUAAUGACUGAACCAGGUGAAGGGGUUAUGGUUCUUGCAGCCACAAACAGACCCUUUGAUCUUGACGAAGCUAUCAUUAGGAGGUUUGAGCGCAGAAUAAUGGUGGGACUUCCUUCCAUUGAGAGCAGAGAGAUGAUCUUGAGAACUUUGUUGUCUAACGAGAAAACAGAUGAUCUUGAUUUUCAUGAGAUUGGACAGAAGACAGAAGGCUACACUGGAAGUGAUCUCAAGAACAUGUGCAUCACAGCUGCGUAUAGACCGGUUAGAGAACUGAUUCAGCAAGAGAGAUUGAAAGAUAAGGAGAGGAAGAAAAGAGAAGAAGCAGGAAAAGGCAAGGAAGAACCAAAAGAAGUAGAAGAAGCUUCUGAGGAGAGAGAUAUUACUUUGAGACCUUUGAACAUGGAAGACAUGAGAAAAGCUAAAAACCAGGUAUCUGCGAGUUUUGCAUCAGAAGGAUCUGGAAUGGAUGAGCUGAAGCAAUGGAAUGAUUUGUAUGGAGAAGGAGGCUCAAGGAAAAAGGAACAGCUCACUUAUUUCCUCUGAACAAAAUGCAAAACC